GGAUAAUGCAUUUUGAUUGAGAUGAGUGCACCCUCUGUUCUGUACAUCAGUCUUGCUCACAGUUUACUUCACGAUCAUCACAACUCAACAUGUUGCUUCAGCAAUAUGAUAUGAGAAUGCUCCCUCAACUGCACCUUGCUGAUUUUACUCCAGUUAAUUGAGGGUUGAAAAGCUUAAUUGCUGAUUUUUAUGUGGCAAGACACAAUGAAGAGGAGACGCUAUUUGCUUAACAGAACUGACGAUGUCCCAGCUACACAAAAGUCAACCGACUGGCUGUAUGAGUCAUAUUACUGCAUGAGCCAGCAGCAUCCUUUGAUUGUUUUCUUGCUUCUGAUUGUUAUGGGAGCCUGUUUAUCACUACUCGCUGUCUUCUUUGCUUCAGGGCUGGAUAUCGACGACCAUGUGGCUUUCAUAAUCACUGUUCCAACUGCCUUGGCUAUAUUCUUCACUAUUUUUGUGCUGGUCUGCAUGGAGACUGUGUUCCGAAAGCUACUUCAUGUGUUUUCCCUAGUAGUUUGGGCAUGUCUGGUCGCUAUGGGUUACCUCUUCAUGUGCUUUGGCGGGAUCAUUUCUCCAUGGGAUCAGGUAUCCUUCUUCCUAUUCAUUGUUUUUGUCGUCUACACAAUGCUACCCUUUCGUAUGCGAGAUGCCGUGGUGGCCAGUGUGUUGACAUCAUCCUCCCAUACUAUUGUGCUGAGUGUCUGCCUAUCAGCCACAUCUGUCAUAAAGGAUCAUUUGGUUUGGCAGAUCUUGGCCAAUGUCAUCAUUUUCAUCUGUGGAAAUCUGGCAGGAGCCUAUCAUAAGCAUCUAAUGGAGCUUGCCCUGCAACAAACAUAUCAAGAUACAUGCAACUGCAUUAAGUCGCGUAUAAAGCUGGAAUUUGAAAAGCGACAACAGGAACGACUGCUUCUUUCAUUGCUUCCUGCACAUAUUGCCAUGGAGAUGAAGGCUGAAAUCAUUCAGCGAUUACAAGGACCCAAGUCUGGUCACUGCCAGCUAGAAAAUACAAAUAACUUUCACAAUUUGUAUGUGAAGAGGCACACAAAUGUGAGUAUAUUGUAUGCUGAUAUUGUGGGGUUCACACGACUGGCCAGUGAAUGUUCACCUGGGGAACUUGUACACACACUCAAUGAAUUAUUUGGCAAGUUUGAUCAAAUUGCAAAGGAAAAUGAUUGCAUGAGGAUCAAGAUUUUGGGAGACUGCUACUAUUGUGUCUCUGGUUUACCUAUAUCCUUGCCAAACCAUGCCAAAAACUGUGUGAAAAUGGGUUUGGAUAUGUGCGAAGCCAUAAAGAAGGUAAGAGAUGCGACCAGUGUUGAUAUAAACAUGCGUGUGGGAGUUCAUUCCGGGAACGUCCUAUGUGGUGUCAUUGGUUUACAGAAAUGGCAAUAUGAUGUCUGGUCACACGAUGUUACUCUCGCAAAUCACAUGGAAGCAGGAGGUGUUCCAGGUCGUGUGCAUAUCACAUCAAUCACAAUGGAGCACUUGAACGGUGUUUAUAAAGUGGAGGAAGGUGAUGGACAUAUCAGAGAUCCCUACCUAAAGGAACAUAACAUCAGGACCCACCUGGUGAUUAAUCCAAAGGUGGAGAGACGAAGCCCACAGCAUCAUUUUAGACAUCGGCACACAGCAGAUGGAGCCAAGAUGAGAGCUUCUGUUCGAAUGACCAGAUAUCUGGAAUCGUGGGGAGCAGCCAAACCCUUUGCGCACUUACACCAUCGAGACAGUAUGACAAAUGAAAACGGCAAAAUCAAUACAGUAGAUAUGCCUAUGGUUCAAUACCGUUUCCAUCGAUGUACAGAAAGAACAAAGUCACAAAAAAGGAGAUUUGAGGAAGAAUUGAAUGAAAGAAUGAUUCGAGCUAUUGACGGAAUUAAUUCACAAAAACAAUGGCUUAAAUCUGAUGACAUUCAAAGAAUUUCACUUUUCUUCCACGAUCAAGAAUUGGAAAAAGAGUAUCGUGCAACUCCACUUCCAGCCUUCAAGUACUAUGUCACCUGUGCUUGCCUCAUAUUUUUCUGCAUCUUCAUCGUUCAGAUUCUGGUAUUGCCAAAAACGCCUGUUCUUGGGAUUUCAUUUGGAACUGCUUUCCUCAUUCUCGUUUUCAUCCUCUUCACUUGUUUUGCUGGUCAGCUGCUGCAAUGCAGCAAGAAGGCUUCAACUUCCUUGUUGUGGAUUUUGAAAUCAUCUGAGAUAAUUACCAAUAGACCUUGGUUACGUCUUACGCUCACAAUGACUACUACUGCAGUUAUAUUAGUUAUGGCUAUAUUUAACAUGUUUUUCUUGGAGAACUCAGUGGAACCUUCUUUCUCUGCGAACAGCACAAAUGCCAGUUUACAAUUUAUUAAUGGACAAGCUCCGUGGUCUGUGCAUAAUAACUUUUUCUUCCUGCCAUACUUCCUGUACAGCUGCAUUCUGGGAUUGAUGUCAUGUUCUGUGUUCCUGCGAGUGAACUACGAGCUGAAAAUGCUGCUGAUGCUGAUUGCUGUGGUGGUUUACAACGUUAUCCUGCUGCAAACCCAUGCCUCACUCUUUGAUGACUAUAGCAGGAUGCUAUACACAACUGUUCAGAUAGACAGGCCUGGCGUGCUGAAGGAUCUGAAGACAAUGGGCUCAAUCUCCCUUUUCAUUUUCUUUGUCACCCUUCUUGUUUUGGCGAGACAGAAUGAAUAUUACUGCAGGUUAGACUUCCUGUGGAAGAACAAAUUCAAAAGAGAAUGUGAGGAGAUAGAAACCAUGGAAAACCUCAACAGAGUGUUGCUGGAAAACGUACUUCCUGCUCACGUGGCUGAACAUUUCUUGGCUCAGAAUUGGAAAAAUGAAGAUCUUUACCAUCAAUCAUAUGACUGUGUCUGCGUCAUGUUUGCAUCCAUCCCAGAUUUCAAAGAAUUCUACACUGAAUCAGAUGUAAAUAAAGAAGGCUUAGAAUGUCUACGAUUACUGAAUGAAAUUAUUGCUGACUUUGAUGAUUUAUUGUCCAAGCCUAAGUUCAGCGGAGUGGAAAAAAUUAAAACCAUUGGGAGCACCUAUAUGGCUGCAACAGGGUUGAGUGCAGCGACAGUUCAGGAGUACAGCCAAGAGGCAGACAGACAAUAUACACAUAUUGGAACCAUGCUAGAGUUUGCUUUUGCACUCAUGAUAAAACUUGAUGUGAUUAACAAGCAUUCUUUUAAUGACUUCAAGCUCCGAAUUGGUAUUAACCACGGACCUGUUAUUGCUGGAGUGAUUGGAGCUCAGAAACCACAGUAUGAUAUUUGGGGAAAUAGUGUCAAUGUGGCCAGCAGGAUGGACAGCACUGGAGUUCUUGGCAAAAUACAGAUCACAGAAGAAACAAGUAACAUCUUACAAACUCUUGGCUACAACUGUACAUGCAGAGGAAUUAUAAAUGUCAAAGGGAAAGGAGAACUUAAAACAUACUUUGUAAUCACAGAGAUGACACGAUCACUAUCGCAAGGAAAUGUGGUGACCUGAAAUAUGAAGAUGCAACAUCAAUUAAUAAAUGUUCAGCUGCAGAGUAAGGCAAGCCUCUGAAGGAGUAAUCUCAAUAAACACCACUUGUACAUAGGUUUGAUUCUAUCCUUAGCUGCACAUACGUUGCCUAUGUUUGGAAAUGUAGAGGUGUUACUAUCUAAAUUCAUCCAAUUUAGAAACUUGCACAUGUGCUGUGGACACCUGAUUUGCUUCAAUUGAGCAAACUAAUUGAAUUAUAUACAAAACCAGAGAAUGCUGGAUAUACUCAGCAGGUCCGGCACGAUGAGUGGAGAGAAAAACAGAUCAUGUUUCAAGUCAAUGACCUUUCAUCAUAGUCAUGUUUCUCUUUCCACGGAUGCUGCUUGAGCAAUUCUAACAUUCUCAGUUUUUAUUUCAGACUUUCAGUAGCUACAGAUUUUUGCUUUUCGAAAUGAAUUACUUAAAAGGACCUGUUUUUAAAAUGUGUC